GCUUGUUCUCCGCUGUAUGUGGUGCAGUGCAGAUAGAGCCUUGGAUAAUGUAUUCAGAUUCUGUUCUCUGGCAGCUUCUUCAGUCUACGUGAAGCAAACUACUCUUGAGGGAGGCUCGUUUCCAGUCCAUAUGGCAAGGCGCUGAUGAAGCUUGAGGGACGUUUUCUGUAUCCAGUGACAAUCUAAAGGCUUCCCUAGCCUGGUGCUGUACAGGUUUGCUGGAUUACUAGGAUCAUCUCACCUCGGACCUCGUGCAAGAUGUCAUGGCGCCCACAAUAUCGCAGUUCAAAGUUCCGGCACGUGUACGGUAAACCCGCCAGCAAGGAGAACUGCUACGAUGGCAUCUCCAUCACCAAAAGUGUCCACGACAACUUAUUCUGUGCUGUCAAUCCAAGGUUCAUUGCCGUGGUGACUGAGUGCGCAGGAGGAGGAGCCUUCUUCGUCAUCCCCAUCGGCCUGACAGGAAAACUUGACCCGUUGUAUCCGAAGGUUUGUGGUCACCGAGGGAAUGUGCUGGAUGUCAAGUGGAACCCGUUUGAUGACUGGAUAGUGGCUUCUUGUUCUGAGGAUUGCACGAUUAAACUAUGGGAGAUUCCCAAGUGCGGAAUCAUAAAAAACAUUGUGAAUUCAAAGCUGGAGUUGCAGGGUCACUCCCGGAGAGUGGGACUCAUCGAAUGGCACCCGACAGCCAAAGACAUUCUCUUUAGUGCCGGGUACGACUACCGGGUUAUGAUCUGGAAGCUGAAUUGGGAAGAAUCGGUCAUUACAAACCCAGUGAAGAUCAUGGACUUUCAUCGAGAUGUGAUUAUCUCUAUUUCCUUCAACACAGACGGUAGUCGCUUUGCCACGUCCUGCAAGGACAGGAAGCUGCGCAUCGUGGAUGCUCACUCAGGGGUGGUUUUACAGGAAUCCAGUUGCAAGUCCCACAAGGUUAAUAAAGUCUUGUUCCUGGGCAACUUGAAGAUGCUGUUGACCGUGGGCAGCUCCCGGUGGAACAACCGUCAGAUCGCAUUCUGGGAUGAGGAGGACCUGUCUGUGCCUUUAUUGGAGGAGGAUCUGGAUGGCUCCUCGGGAGUGUUAUUCCCAUUCUACGACCCCGACACACACAUGCUUUAUUUGGCCGGAAAGGGAGACGGCAACAUUCGAUACUAUGAAUUGAGCUCUGAGAAACCUUAUCACAACUAUCUCAUGGAUUUCCGCUCCUCGUUACCUCAGAAAGGAAUGGCUGUAAUGCCAAAGAGGGGCUUGGACGUCUCUGCCUGCGAAGUCUUCAGGUUCUACAAGCUGGUGACAAUCAAGAGCCUUAUUGAGCCUGUCUCAAUGAUUGUACCUCGACGGUCUGAUUCCUACCAGGACGAUAUCUACCCAAUGACGUCGGGGGCAGAGCCAGCGCUGACUGCGCAAGAAUGGCUGAAUGGCAUUAAUAGAGGUCCCAUCUUAAUAUCCUUGAAGCCAGGUUGUAACAUAAUGCAUCUCUCGUCUCUGAAAGCUGGGUACAAUACGAUGACCCAGUAUGAUCAGAAAGAACACCAGGAUAAAAAUUACGGGACGCUGCAGGGAUUCCUGGAAAAUAAAGAACAAAAGGAUAAUCUGGUGCAAGUGCACGAUCCGAGAAAGAACCUGAUAUCCAACGGGUUUGACUUGUCUGCAUGUCCAGCUCCCAAAACUGAGAAUGAGCUUUUGCAGAUGUUUUACAGGCAGCAAGAAGAAAUCCGAAAGCUGCGGGAAAUCCUGGGGCAGAAAGAGGUGCGGAUCAAACAGCUGGAACUGGAGAUAAAAAAUGUACGUAACAGUCCCAUUGGUUAUUGAGGAGCAAGAAGAGUGUGCGACGGGGGGAGACGUAAAUGCAGCUUGAGGAGGACUGCUACCUACUUGAAUAUAGUUAUAUUUUUUAUUGAGAAAAAAAAGUUUAAUUUGUAAAACUGUCUGUACUGUACAGGGUGCACCUUUGUGUUUUUUUAUUUAUCUCUUUAUAUGAUUGUGUACAUACACUAAUUUUUUUACCAUACACUGGCUUUAUAGGACUACCGUUCCACGCUCUUUGAUCUUACGAUGUCCGUUUCCUUAGGCUUCUGGUGAUUGUCAGCUUUUACAGCGGGUAUGGUGGGGGUGGGGAAAUCAGAUGGAAUAUUUCAAACUUUUGCUGUUACCAACUCUGUCUAAGCGCUCUGAGACGCUACCCUGCAUGAAGGGCGCUGUAUAAACACAAGUUGUUGUUGUGGUUGUUACUGCUUCACAACCACUUCGCAUUUGGUGAAUGAAUAAGAGUGAGGCCGCUUUUUGGUCACAGGUUGGUUAACAGCUGCAUUAGGCAAAUAAAUCACUGGUUUGUAAAUCGGACGGGCUUUUUUAACAAUACUUUUGAUUUGGCUGUUUUAAUUUUUUAAAAUAUGUAUAAAUAUAUAUUAUAUAGACAUUGAACCCGACAGGGACAGUGACUCUGAGGAGUGGCCUGACAAACAUUUAGUGCCUCUUGUGAAAGGCUGUGUGCACUGCUGUGGGUCUCCUCUGGUGGGCAAAAUAAAUCAUUGGUGAUUUUUUUAAAAUAA